AUGAAAGACGUUAUUCGGGUAACUCCUGAACACUUCCAUCAAAGUUUAUCUGAAUCUAUUACAACAUUGUUAAAUAGAAAACUAGCGAAUAAGGUUGUUUUAAAUGUUGGAUUAUGUAUUGCACUCUUUGAUAUAACAUUUAUUGGACACUCAUACAUUUUUCCGGGAGAUGGUUCAUCACAUACAGAAGUAAAGUUUCGCUACAUUGUAUUUAGACCUAUUGUUGAAGAAAUCUUAAUAGGUAAAAUAAGAAGUUGCAGUAGAGAAGGAGUGCAUGUUACCAUUGGGUUCUUCGAUGAUAUUUUAAUACCGGUAAAUGCAUUACAACAUCCUUCGCGAUUUGAUGAAACAGACCAAGCUUGGGUGUGGGAAUAUCCAAAAGGAGAUGGUGAAAAACAUGAUUUAUUCAUGGAUUCAGGCGAGUCAAUUAGGUUUCGAGUUACAAGUGAAGCUUUUGAAGAAAGUUUACCAACUGGACCUCCAGGCACUGAAUGUCCCGUUCAAACUAUUGCCCCAUAUAAACUGAUAGGAGGCAUAAAUGAGCCAGGCUUAGGCUUAUUAUCUUGGUGGGAAUCACAAGAACAGGACGAAGAUGGAGAUGGCGAUGACAAUGAAGAGCAAGAAAAUGAUGAAUAA